GAUCCAAGCCAUUCUCAUCACCCAACUAAUCUCUCCUUAAGUUUAAGAGAUUUCCCUUCUUUGGCAGGAAAAAUCAAAACUAUUUUAAAGGCUUUUUUUUUUUUUUUUCCCUUUUACAAUGGCUGAAAACAUUUUUCUGUCAAAUCACCAAAAGAAAACAUUGCAUUCAGUGUGGCUCGUUUGUCUCAUGCUGUUGAUGCAUGAGGGAGGUGCUACUGAGUUUACAAUUGGAGGCUCUAAGGGCUGGACUGUUCCAUCUGAUCCCAAGGAAGUCCACUACAAUCAAUGGGCAGAAAAUCACAGGUUUCAAAUCGGAGACUCCCUGGUGUUCGUCUAUCCACCCGACCAAGACUCGUUGCUUCAUGUAACCCAGGAAGACUACACCAAUUGCAAUACCGAAGCUCCUAUCGAGAAAUUCUCCGAUGGCCACACUGUCUUCAACCUGAAACAAUCUGGGUCUUUCUACUUCAUAAGUGGCAACAAAGACCACUGUCUCAAAAAUGAAAAGUUGGUGGUGACUGUGUUGGCAGAUAGAAGCAACAAAACAGGCACAGAUUCUCCUCCACCUUCAGGCUCAACAGAGAUAACUCCAGCUCCCGCACCUGCCAGUGGAGAGUCUCCAUCGCCACCGCCUGCUGGGACUGUGGAGAUAAACCCGACACCAGCUCCUGUCAGUGAACCUUCUCCUCCUCCUCCUCCAAGUGGAGCUUCUUCAGUCUCGAUAAUCGGUUCUAUUAAUUCCCUUGGAGUGUUCAUUGCUGCAUUACUUGUUCUACUAUUUUAAGCAUUGAUGCGUUUGUGUUUGCAUCAUUGAGUUUGAUUCUUUUAUUUUUUUUUUCCACUAAUUUUCGUACAGACCUUGUGCUCAGUGGUCUCAACUGGGUUUUCAAAGGUGGAAUGGCUUGUUACAUAGUUAAGCAAUAAGCUGAUAUUGGCAUGCUAUUUGGUGUGCUUAUUUUUUAUUUAAAAAAAACAACUGUACGCAAGCAAAGAAAUAAAAUGGAUUUUUAUACUGUGUGCA